AUGGAAGGAUAUGAAGAAUAUGCCGUUAAUGAUAAUGCGCUACAAGGUGAAGAAUUGAGGCGUACAUUAGUUUGUGAACACUUUGGUCAGCCAGAGGCAACAAAAAGUAAAGGUAAAAAGAAAAAAACGACUUCUAAGCAUGAAAGCUUGGAGUUUAUGGUGGAUAUGAUUAAGGAUGUUGAGUUUUUUGUUACCAAAAUGAAUUGUAGCCCUCAACAAAUUCAUAAAGCUCUCGAGGAAAAGUAUUCUGUAAAGAUUUUCAUGCCAGUGUUAUAUCGGGUAAUUCAACGGUUUCGUUCAAAACCCUAUGAUCAAACAAAUGAUGCUAGUUUUUGUAUAAAGAGUUGUUAA